GCGGGUCAAAAGAGCUCAACAUGUCAUUGAAACUCAAACAAGGCUGUUCAUAUUUUUCGUGCAGGAAGCGAAGUAAAACCUUAUACUUACUGUGAUUCAAGAUCAGAGUAACGUCUGAAAAUGGAGACCACCGGAGUGCUGCUUAGAUGCCCGAUGUAUGCAUACUUAGAAAAAGAACUCGACAACCGAUUCAAGCUCUACCGCUUUUGGAACUUCCCGCAGAGGAAGGAAUUCCUGAGCGAGAACGGCAACUCCAUCCGCGCCGUCGUCGGAAACGCCUCUCUCGGCGCCGACGCCGAGCUGAUCGAUGCACUGCCCAAUCUGGAGAUCGUCUCUAGCUUCAGCGGCGGUUUGGACAAGAUCGACUUGGCCAAGUGCAGGGAAAAGGGGAUCCGGGUCACCAAUACCCCCGACGUGUUGACCGGCGACAUCGCUGACCUGGCAAUCGGGUUGAUGCUCGCUGUUCUCCGAAGGAUUUGCGAGUGCGAUCGACAUGUGAGGAAAGGAUUGUGGAAGAUGGGUAGCUUCGAGCUCGGGCUGACCACCAAGUUUAGUGGCAGAACCAUUGGGAUUAUAGGGCUUGGAAGGAUCGGGUCAGCAAUUGCUAAGAGAGCAGAGGAAACUCGGCACAUCGUCAACCGAGAAGCCAUUGAUGCUCUUGGCCCAGAGGGAGUUCUUAUCAACAUUGGGAGGGGCCCACACGUCGACGAGCGCGUGAUGGUAUCAGCUCUAGUUGAAGGGCGGCUGGCUGGUGCUGGACUUGACGUGUUCGAAAACGAACCUUGCGUGCCCGAGGAGCUGUUUGCGCUCGACAAUGUAGUCCUGUUGCCCCAUGUUGGAAGCGAUACGGUGGAAACAUGCAAGGCCAUGGCUGAUCUUGUUAUUAGCAAUUUAGAGGCUCACUUUCUUAAUGAACCACUACUCACCCCUGUGAAGAAGGAAUUCUUGAGCGAGAACGGCAACUCCAUCCGCGCCGUCGUAGGAAACGCCUUUAUCGGCGCCGACGCUGAGCUGAUCGACACACCUCCCAACCUGGAGAUCGUAUCUAGUUUCAGCGUCGGGUUGGACAAGAUCGACUUGGCCAAGUGCAAGGAAAAGGGGAUCCUGGUCACCAAUACCCCCGACGUGUUGACCGACGACGUCGCUGACCUGGCAAUCGGGUUGAUGCUCUCUGUUCUCAGAAAGAUUUGCGUGGGUGAUCGACAUGUGAGGAAAGGAUUGUGGAAGAUGAGUAGCUACAAGUUGACCACCAAGUUUAGCGGCAAAACAAUUGGGAUUAUAGGGCUUGGAAGGAUUGGGUCAGCCAUUGCUAAGAGAGCAGAGGGUUUUGAUUGUCAAAUCUGUUACCACUCCAGAACAGAGAAACAAAACACAAGUUACAAGGGCUCACAUGUUGACGAGCGCGAGAUGGUAUUAGCUUUAGUUGAAGGCCGGUUGGGUGGUGCUGGACUUGACGUGUUCGAAAAUGAACCUAACGUGCCCGAGGAGCUGUUUGGGCUUGACAAUGUAGUCCUGUUGCCCCAUGUUGGAAGUGGAACGGUGGAAACACGCAAGGUCAUGGCUGACCUUGUUCUUGGCAAUUUAGAGGCUCACUUUCUUAAUAAACCACUACUGACCCCUGUGGUUUGAAUUGGCUGUGGACAUCCCGGUACAAAUCUCUUUUGAACAUUUUAUUUAUGGUAUAUAUUUGUGUUUGUUGAGUAUCCCACGUAGGGAUGACACAAAUGGUUUCCAAUUAUAUUCUUAGGAUAUUUUAAAGCUGUUCUAGUUCCGGAAUAAGAGCUGCCUGUUCCU